GGCACUCAGCGGUUUUCCCUCCCCCAACGGCGCGCCAGCUGUGGCCGGCGCAGAGUAGUGCUCGGGCCGGGGGUCGCCUCCCGCCUCCCGCCUCCCGCCGCCCGCGUCGCCCUCGCCGCCGUUGGGCCGCGCCGCGCCGCCAUGUCGGGCCCCGGACCGCGGGAGCCGCCGCCGGAGGCAGGCGCGGCAGGCGGCGAGGGGGGCGUCGAGGGCGCGGGCGGCGGGGACGCGGCGCUGGGCGAGCCGGGGCUGAGCUUCACGACCACCGACCUGAGCCUGGUGGAGAUGACGGAGGUGGAGUACACGCAGCUGCAGCACAUCCUCUACUCGCACAUGGAGGCGGCGGCUGACGGCGAGCUCGAGACGCGCCUCAACUCGGCGCUGCUGGCGGCGGCGGGCCCGGGCGCAGGCGCGGGCGGCUUCGCGGCGGGCGGUCUGGGGGGCGCGGCGCCCGUGUACCCCGUGCUGUGCCCGUCCGCGCUGGCGGCCGACGCGCCCUGCCUGAGCCACAUCGACUUCCAGGAGCUGCGCAUGAUGCUGCUGAGCGAGGCGGGCGGGGCGGAGAAGACGUCUGGCAGCGGGGACGGAGCGAGGGCCCGGGCCGACGGCGCCGCCAAGGAGGACGCGGGCGCGGCUGGACCCGAGGGCGCGCCCGAGGCCCGGGCCAAGCCGGCCGUGCGCGUCCGCCUGGAGGACCGCUUCAACAGCAUCCCCGCCGAGCCGCCGCCCGCGCCGCGCGGCCCCGAGCCCCCCGAGCCGGGCGUGGCGCUCAACAAUUUGGUAGCUCUUAUUCGACAUCCAUCUGAAUUAAUGAAUGUUCCUCUUCAUCAGCAACAAAACAAAUGUACAACAUUAGUGAAAAAUAAAACUGCUGCUACAACUACUGCUUUGCAAUUUACAUACCCACUGUUUACUACAAAUGCUUGCUCUACUAGUGGAAAUUCUAAUGUUUCACAGACACAGAGUUCUAGUAACUCAUGUUCUAUACUUGAAGCUGCCAAGCACCAGGAUAUUGGAUUGCCUAGAGCAUUUUCUUUCUGUUAUCAGCAAGAAAUUGAAUCCACUAAACAGACGUUAGGUAGUAGGAACAAAGCUUUGCCUGAGCAAGUUUGGAUUAAAGUGGGAGAAGAAGCGCUAUGCAAACAAGCACUGAAGAGGAGUCGGAGUAGAAUGCGUCAGUUGGACACAAAUGUAGAGCGAAGAGCCCUUGGAGAGAUUCAGAAUGUGGGUGAAGGUGCCACCGCCACACAAGGCACUUGGCAGCCCUCGGAGUCCUCACAGGCAAACCUGGGGGAGCAGGCCCAGUGUGGGCCCCAGGGAGGAAGGUCUCAGCGUAGGGAGAGGCAUAACCGAAUGGAAAGAGAUAGAAGGCGCAGAAUCCGCAUUUGCUGUGAUGAGUUGAAUCUCUUAGUGCCGUUCUGCAAUGCCGAGACUGACAAGGCCACAACUCUGCAGUGGACCACAGCAUUCCUGAAAUACAUCCAGGAAAGACAUGGAGAUUCUCUUAAAAAGGAAUUUGAGAGUGUGUUUUGCGGUAAAACUGGCCGAAGGCUAAAGCUGACCAGACCAGACUCCUUGGUGACCUGUCCUGCACAGGGCAGUCUACAGAGUAGCCCCUCGAUGGAGAUCAAGUGAUCGGACUGCACAGGAAUCCUUUGGGAGUGAACAGCCAUUCCUUCGUGAUCUAUGCACGUUUUCUGCAACCCUGGAACUCUGCUCGGAUGGCCUGACUCAAAAAGGGCGUGACUCAAGCUGACGGGACUCCGGUAGGGACUUCGAGAGCACACUUUGUAAAAAUAUUUAUCUAGAACCAAAUGCUUAUCCAUGAAUGUCCUCUUAGACCAUUUGGGGAUGAAGCCAUCUUAAUAAUUAGCAAUAAUUAGUAAGCAUUUUCUCAAUGCUCUGAUUCCAUCAUGUUUUCUUAACAUGAUAACUUAAAAAAUUGACAUCCUUUGUACUUUCUUUAAUCUUAAAAAGUACGCUGCUUUUUACUUAUUUACAUUUUAAAUACGCCCCUUUAGCAAUUGGAACAAGUUAAAUUGUUGACUAAAAACAGUUUGGAAAUUGUAUUUCAUUUGUUAUAUCACACCCCCUUGUAAUGAUUCUGUAUUGCAACAUGCAGGACCAUUUUAAACCUUUGUGCUAAAAAUUCUCCAGAUACUUGCUUUAAAGCUACUUUCAUCCACAAAUGAAAUAUUGUCACAGUAGAUGCUUAAAUGCCCACAUUUUCAUACCAAGAGUCAUUACUUCAUGUGUAAUAAACUGUGGUGUUUGGAAUUGAGUUUUUAAAUGAGUGGCUUUAUUUAUCACAACAGGUAAUAGCAAUAGACGUUAGUGCAAUACAAAGGCCCUCAAUAAAUACUGUUAAUUGGAGAUGUGAGUUUGUAUACAAAACAUCAGACUAGACCUUUGUAUAGGAGAGAAUUUACUGUACAUUAAAUUCUUUAUUUUUUGUUACUCUGUAGCCAGUCAUUAAUCUGAAGAUUUAACAUCUCAUUUUAUUGGGAUGAGAUCACAGUCUUUACACAAAUGCUAUGUAAACAAGUUACUGAAUAUUU